AUGUCUUCCCACAAGACUUUCAGGAUCAAGCGAUUCCCGGUCAAGAAACAAAAGCAGAAUCGUCCCAUUCCCCAAUGGAUUCAAAUGAAAACUGGUAAUAAAAUCAGGGCUUCCCUGGUGGCGCAGUACGACUCCAAGAGAAGACAUUGGAGAAGAACCAAGCUGGGUCUAUAA